UAGAAUAUUUAGCAUGUUCUUAGCGCUCUCUGUCGUCCGAAAGUGUAAUUGCCAAAACAGGCUCUUUGAUGUCAACAUUCUUCUAACGGCGGAUUUUCCGUGACUUUUAUUCUAGUUUCCUCCUCGUUUUACGCUAAUUUAACAAUGGGUUUCCAAAACUUAUGGUUCUCUCAUCCUCGCAAAUACGGCCAAGGCAGCAGAUCAUGCCGAGCCUGUGCCAAUGGCCAUGGUCUGAUCAGGAAGUAUGGCCUGUACUUAUGCAGACAGUGCUUCAGGGAGUACUCUCACGAAAUUGGAUUUAAGAAGCUUGAUUAAAUCUAUCAUCAAUGGCUACUAAAUUCCUAAUCGAAACUUUUUCCUCCUCUGUCUAUGACCCCUCUUGUAAUGUAAGUUUGUAAGUCAUGUUGAUCUUUUAAAAUGUUUUUUAACAAAAUAAAUGGGCUGACUCUUCUGGCUACA